CGGUCGCCCAUCUCCUAACGCUGUAAUAAAGUGGGGGUAAGGCAUCGGGCGGACGUCCACGGAGGUGCUGCCCAGACGAAUGAAGGACUCAGCCCCCGUCUCCGUUCGCUGAGCUCGCUGGUCGAUUGGUCAUUUUCCCGCCUUAGUCUGGUACUGAUUGGUACUGUUGGUGCUGUGCUGUUUUUCGCGCGUAUCCAUCCCUCGCACUCCCAUCAAUCAGCCGACAUUGCGCGCCAUUUCUUAUCCCCCCGUUCAGUCGACUAAUCAAUCACCAGUUCCCGCCACGUUGUGCCUCACAUCAUCAAUCAGUCGAUCAAUCAAUUCAAUAAUCUACUAUUCCUCCUUCCCCCCCGGCGCGUUGAGGGUCUGCCAUCCUCCUUGUGCCCAACCCAUCGAAGCUGCGCGGGGAAAGAUCGGCUGUCGUCGUCCAGCUUGGCGCGCAGCAGGAGUGGUCCCAAUCGCGAUCGCGAUCCCGAUCGCAGCUGCCACCUGCAGUAGGAGGUGGACAACGCCCUAAGGGACAGGGAGGGGGGGGUCCAACAAGGAGAAGAGGAGUAGGGGAAGAAGAAGAUGCCACCGAAAGGCGCGCCAGCCAAAGGAGCAGGCAAGGAGAAGAAGGCAGAUAUCGCGAAGAAGCAGAAGUUGGUGGAAGACAAGACAUUCGGUCUCAAGAACAAGAACAAGAGCUCAAAGGUCCAAAAGUAUGUACAAAGCGUGGCCCAGGCUGCAAGCGCUCCGCGGAAGAGAACAGAAGCAGAGGACCACAAAACUGCCCAGCGAAAGAAGAAAGAGGAGGAAGCUGCCCGCGAGAAGGAGCUGAAUGAGUUGUUCAAGGUUGCGAUCAGUCAGCCCAAGGUUCCAGUCGGUGUUGAUCCGAAGUCGAUUUUGUGCGAAUUCUUCAGAAGGGGUCAAUGCACAAAAGGCUUCAAGUGCAAAUUUUCGCAUGAUUUAAAUGUCGAGAGAAAGGGCGAGAAGAUCGACUUGUACAGCGAUCAGCGAGAUGUCCCGCAAGAGGAGUCUAUGGAAGAUUGGGACCAGGAGAAGCUCGAGGAUGUGGUUGCAACGAAAGGACAGGAGUAUGCCAAUCAGAACAAGGGGACAACCAUUGUUUGCAAGUAUUUCUUGGAGGCAGUGGAGAAGAAGCAGUAUGGGUGGUUCUGGGUGUGUCCCAACGGUGGAAAGGACUGUCAGUAUAGACAUGCCUUGCCGCCGGGGUACGUCCUCAAGUCACAGAUGAAGGCCCUCCUGGAGGAAGAAGGGGACAAGCUGCCAGUGGAAGAUGAGAUUGAGACUGCGAGGCAUAAACUGCCAGCAAGCACACCAUUGACUGGAGAGCUGUUUGCUGAGUGGAAGAGGAAGAAAAAGGAGAAGAAGGAUGCAGAAAAUGCGGAGAAACAGGCAGAAAGGGCGAAGGCGGAUCGCAUGAGUGGUCGCGAACUCUUCUUGUCCGAUGCUACGCUAUUUGUUGACGACGCUGAGGCCUGUGACGAGUACGAGAGAGAAGAGGAGCAAGCUACACCAGCAGAGCCAUCCUCUGCAGCGCGGGCGUCAGAGGGGGGUGCCAAUGAACGUCCGAAUGCUGGUGAGAAGUUGGAAAUCACUGACGAGGAUGCAGCUCUGCUUGCGGAAGAUGACGAUGACUUGUCACCGGAGGAGCUUGCGGAACUAGAGAGAGGAAUUGCGCAAACAUCUUUGCAGGACACGUAGACGACACAUACGCACUCUGCGGAAUUGGAGAGUAAUGUGAAGUUUCCCUGAAUACUACGAGUUUAUGGCGAACUAGUUGGGAGAGUAAUGUGAACGUUGUGUGCAAUGCAGAUCUGGUGGAGCCGAUUCCGAAGCCUGAAGGCUUCAAGGUUGUCUCUUAAGAUGAUGAUUUGCUGUGUGUCAUUGUUGUUGUGUCUGUUAUGUGUUGUUGUGUGCUCCUUUUUUGAUGAAACACUUGCCCUUGUGGACUGGUAUGACCCCCAAAUUUGCACCUGUAUAUUGUGCGCUUGGCCCUACUGGUUUCAGUGCAGCGGUUGAGUUGCCCCUGUUAUUGCAUUCUCCGCGUUCAAACCUGGUUGUCGGCUACUUGAUGCUUAUGUUGGUAUUGCAUCUCUGCCCCUGUGCUAUUGCUCUGCAUGCAUGGAUGCUUGCCCCUGUGCUCUUAAGACCCCUUGAUUGCAUCUGCUGCUAUGUUCUUGAUCCUGUUUGUCUGAAUUUUUUUUUUUUUUUUUUUUUGUCUGAAAGAACUUGGCGUGCAGGUUCUUCCAAAUUUGAAACACGAUAAUCAGUCUCCGUCUCUCUUCUCCGACUGAAUGAAGAAAAAACACACGCCAUUCAUCGUGUGACCGUGCUGCAGUUUUGCCUGGUGUCAGGGCAUAUUCACAGUAGUACUUUCCUUGAAUGUAUAUGACUGCGAUUACGGCCAGACCUGGAUGAAGAAUCUGACCGGAAUCACGUCCAGAGCUUAGCAAAAGAAGUCGUAGUGCGAGUAUGCCUUCAGUUGAGCACCAUGUUGUUCUAUGAUCGUUAGAGACCAUCCAUCCUUUGACGGCGGACCGCUGUUUCUGGUUUCUGUGCAGCAUGGCGGACCGUUUUGUCUGCUUUCUGUACAGCACCAUUCCUUUUUUUCUUUCUUCCUUUUCCCCUCUCUGAUCCGUCUUUCUCCUCUCUCUCCCAAAGUAUUUCUCUUGAUUGAUGAAUGUUUGUAGUCAAGAUGCUGGGCAAGGGGAACCAUGGAUGAAGGCGUUUGAAUGACCAUGGGUCCAUGCCGGGAGGUGGUCCCCACGGUGGGCCACAUGUUUGAUGCAUGCAUGACUUUCUCUGGUAACAAGGGUCCAUGUUGGGAGGUGGUCCCCCAGGGGGGGGAGUCGAAAAAAGUUUUGAAUGGACUCGAAAAAGGUGGUUGAAUUGCCAGUACGGCGGGGCCCAAAUUGCAGAGCGUAAAGUUUUUUGCACCCGAACAAAUACAGCCGUUCGAA